GGCGCGCUGUGAGCAUGGCUGCUGCCUUCAAGAAAGCGGCCAAGGCGGGCCAGCGCCAGCACCGAGAGCGGUCCCAGCUUGCCUCUCGGAAGCAUCUGGGGAUCCUUGAGAAGAAGAAAGAUUACAAGCUCCGUGCUGAUGACUACCACAAGAAGCAGAAUGCCCUCCAGGCGCUUCGCAAAAAGGCACAGGAGAAGAACCCAGAUGAGUUCUAUUUCCGAAUGACCCGUGUACAGCUCCAGGAUGGAGUUCACGUGAUUAAACAGCAGGAAGAAGAAAGGACGCCGGAACAGCAGAAGCUGAUGAAGACGCAGGACCUGAAAUACAUUGAAAUGAAGCGAGUAGCUGAAGCCAAGAAAAUAGAAAGGCUGAAAUCAGAGCUCCAUCUUCUGGAAGCAGAGGGGAAGCAGCCCAACAAGCACACUUUCUUUUUUGACUCGAAGAAAGAAGUUCAAAGAUUUGACCUCGCCACCCACCUGAACACGGUCCCAGAGCUGACGGGAAGAGUGUACAACCGACCCACCAUUGAAACACUGCAGAAGAAAAGCAUCCAGGGAACUACUCAUCCUGGCUACUUAAAAAAACUGGCCAAACAGAGGAAGGAACGGUAUAACCUGCUGAAUCAGCGCAUUGAGAGGGAGCGGAAGAUGUUUGUUGUCGCCCAGAAGCUCCAGACACGCAAAGACCUCUUGGACAAAACUCAGAAAAUGAAGCAGAAGAAAGAAACAGUAAACCGGGCUGCUGUUUAUAAAUUCCAGUUCAGGCGGAAGCGCUGACCACUUGUGGGAGUGGUAAAGGAUGUGACUGCUGGCAGUGAAUGGCUUAGAGGAGCCCCUACUCCCAUGGGUUAAAAAGAGAGACUAUAAUGUAUACAGCUUCUUUUUGCCCGCUUUGCAGAAGAAGCAUCACCCUGUAUCAUGUGCUUUUCAAUAAACCCAGCAGGAGUAAAUCUAUAAUGCUGCAGAUUUCAGGGGGCUGCAUUUAGAAGACCAGGCGUGAUGGCCUUUCACCUGGACCCAUUGCCCACCUGAACUUCAGCAGGUAGGGUUCCCUUUGAGGAUGGUAGCGCAUUCCAUGUUGUACGCUCAGGAGCUUUGGCUGGGUGAACUGACUGGAAUACACCCCUCCAAAGAAACUGCAGCUGACUUGGCCCGAGAACUUUAAUCAUUUGGUCAGCAGGGGGCAUCCAGCUGGUUCUGGGCUGAGUGCUGCUACCUAAAGGUAUUGCCUUGAGAGGAGGAAGUAAUAAAGUGUUUGUGCACUCGUGUGCCUGAAGGCCACUGGGAAACAUGGAAGCUGGGUUUGGGGCUGCCUCUUCCCAUGUUUUGAGACAGCCUCCUCUGCAAAGACUGUGUGGCUGCAGCCUGACCCAAGUGAGCCGAUCUUUCUGCAGGGGCAGCUGAAGCUGAAAGGUUGGAGCUUGCUCUCACCACUUCUCUUCCAAAGAGAUCAACCUGCCAGUGUUGUGCCUCUCUACCCAAUUAAAGGUGUGCCCAUUGAUGGGGCAAGUGGAAGGGUGUCCUUGAGUGGGGCAGAACUGGUGUAUCCACACAACCUCCAGCCCAGUUUGGCUGCUGUCACUCAUCAGCUGGCCCAACUCAACGGUUGCCCACUGUCCCCAAAGCCUCAAUCUGCAGCAUCAGAGGCUUGUAGUGAGAGCCCAGCAGGUGGCAGUGCAGCUCCACUGCUUUGCUGUCGAGUACUGUGUGAGGUGGAAUGUUGCAGCUGCUGCAGGAAAAACACAAACUUGGUGGUUUGAAAACUGGGCCACCAGUGGAGUUUCCAAGCUCCCUUCUGAACCAUAACUCAUUAAAGUAGACCAGUGUUUCUUUCAGGUGCUGUCUUUUCUGACUUGGGCACAGGUCUGUGAUCUCAUCUCUUGCCUGUCCAAUGAUUUGGUCUCUGGAGAAAUGGGGCUCCUGAGGCUGCCUAGUUUUGUCGAUGUGAUUGUGCCUCCUGGCUGUGUGUGAAUGCUGUCCUUAGAGGCCUUGGUGCUCUUUUGGAAGUUUAGUUGCUGUCAUUCUAGCCGCUUAGAGAAUGAACAGCAGUUCUGCCGGUCUGUAAGUGUGUGCCCUCAAGUUGCAGCUGAUGUGCGGUGUCCCCGUA